GCCUGCAUGCUGAACAACUACUACGCGCGCCACUACCACGGCAAGUUGAUUCUGCGCUUCGACGACACCAACCCCAGCAAGGAGAAGGACGAGUUCGAGCAGAGCAUUAUCGCCGACCUGAAGCGCGUGGACGUCGUGCCCGAUGUGGUGACCUACACGUCGGACUACUUCCCCAAGAUCGCGGACUUCGCGCGCCAGAUGAUCCGUGAGGGCAACGCGUACAUGGACAACACCUCGCAGGAGCAGAUGCGUGAGGAGCGCAUGGAGGGCAUCAACUCCAGGUGCCGCGACCAGACGCCGGAGGAGAACCUGGCGCUGUUCGAGAAGAUGCUGAAGAACGCCCCGGAGGCCCAGGGCUACUGCAUGCGCGGCAAGAUCGACAUGCAGGCCAAGAACAAGACGAUGCGCGACCCCGUGUUCUUCCGUCUGAACCCGACGCCGCACCACCGCACGGGCACCAAGUACCAGGCGUACCCGACCUACGAUCUGGCGUGCCCCAUCGUGGACUCGAUCGAGGGCGUGACCCACGCUCUGCGUACGACCGAGUACAACGACCGCGACUUCCAGUACCAGUGGGUGCUGGACACGCUUCGUCUGCGCAAGGUGAUCAUCCAGGGCUUCGCGCGUAUGAACUUUGUGUACUCGGUGCUGUCGAAGCGUAAGCUGCAGUGGUUCGUGGACAACGGCCACGUGGAGAGCUGGAGGGACCCGCGUUUCCCCACGGUGCAGGGCGUCCUGCGUCGUGGUGUGCAGGUGGAGGCGCUACGCGAGUUCAUCCUGAGCCAGGGUGCUUCGCGCCGUAUCACCGACAUGGAGUGGGACAAGUUCUGGACGCUCAACAAGCGCGUGUUGGACCCGACGGCCCCGCGCUACUUCGCGGUCGCCAAGGAGUCGUCGGUGCCCCUUACGCUGACGAACGUGUCGAGUGAGGUGAUUGGCAUCCCUGUGGCCCGCCACCCGAAGGACCCGUCGAUGGGCAACAAGAUGGUGCGCUUCUGCAACAAGCUGCUGCUCGAGCGCGAUGAUGUGGACAACUUCGUGGAGGGCGAGGAGGUGACGCUCAUGCGCCACGGCAACAUCAUCGUCAAGAAGAUCAACAAGGCGGCCGACGGCACCAUCACGAGCGUCGAGGCCGAGAACCACCCGGAGGGCGACUUCAAGAAGACCAAGCUCAAAGUCACGUGGCUGGCCGACGUCCCCGACCUCGUUCCGCUCACGCUCGUCGAGUUCGACCACCUGCUCAACAAGCCCAAGCUCGAGGAGGGCGACAACUUCCAGGACUUCCUCACGGAGACCACGCGCGCCGAGAUGCACGCGGUGGGCGACCACGAGCUGCGCAACAUGAAGGAGGGACAAGUCGUGCAGCUCGAGCGUCGCGGCUACUUCCGCAUCGACGAGCCGUACGUCUCGGACGACAAGCCCAUCGUCAUGUUCAUGGUGCCCGACGGCAAGGUCAAGGCCAUGUCCACGCUCUCCACCAAGCUUGCCCACCGGUAAGCAGCUACAACCACAGUUAGACACGAGAGGAUCCUCUGAGCGGAUCGUAGUGACACGACAUUGAUCCAGGUUAACCAAAGCAAUGCACGAAUGCAUAUUUCAUUCACGAGUGGAAAAG